CUAUGGGCUAAACAAAUACGUUUUGGUUCUUAACCUAGAGUAGGGGUUUGUUUUUAGGAGAUAGAAUCUAGAAUCCUUGCAGAAUUUAUUAUUAUUAUAUUUCGAAUAAAUCUACCGCACCGAAGACUCUGAAGAAAUUUCGUCUUUUGAAGAGAAUAAUUCGAAGGGGAAAAACUCGAGAUAAGGAAAAAAUGAGCAUAAACGAGGAUUGGGACGUGGAGCAACACAAGGUGGAAUACGAAUCUGAUGAACACUGGGACCUGAGGCGUAACUUUAUGCUAGCUCACAAGGACAAAUUCUCGGAAGAUGCCCUGGUUUGUUUAGCUCAGGUCUUCGUCAACGUUGAACUCUUAGGAUGCAGAUAUCCAGAGGAAACGAUGGAUUUAGUAAAGGAAUUGUCGGAAGAAAUUGCAGCAAAAUAUAGAGAAAAGCAAAAGAAAAAGUUACAAAGAACAUUUGUAGAAGCUUCGGAAGCAGCUAGUUCUAAGGUUAAAGGAUGUGUUGCUCGUACAUCUAUUGUCACAGAAGAAAAUGUAUCAAAUACACCUGAUUGUGUAUCAAACACAACUAAUUAUGUAGAUCAAUUUAAUAAAAAACAUAACACCAAAAAGAGAUCGUUUUCUGAGACAAAAAGCUCAGAAAAAUUUAAUAUAACCAAUUGUAAAUAUAAAUCUUGUGAAAAGUCUAAUACUGAAGAGUCGCCUUCUAAAAGAUUGAAAUCAAUGAAAAAUAUCACACUUAGAAAUAAUCCAUAUGAAGAUAUUGUUCUGUGGGAAAAAUCAGAUGACAUACCUCAAAGUAUAUUGGGAAAUUCAGCUAAUAUAUCUGGUAUUAAUCUUGAAUGGCAGUAUUCUCUAAGCGACGGAAUCUGGGAAUGCUCCGUUUAUAUUAAUCAAAAAAAAAUUGCAUGUUGCACUCAUUCUAAUAAAAAAACUGUCAAAAAUGAAGCAGCCGCUGCUGCAUUAGAUGAAUUACGAAAGUAUUGUUAUACUGUAAAGGUUAAACAAAACUUGGACUCGAAAUCGAAUGUAACCGUAACGACAAAGGAAAUGAAGCCACAAGAAAAUACAUCUGACAAUAAGUGUAAAGUAUCCAGUAUCGGAGAGGAGUUGAUGAGAAGGAUGGGUUGGACUGGCGGUGGCCUCGGAAAAUCGGAGCAAGGUGUUGUGGAACCCAUGUCUGCGACGAUUAAGCCACAGAUAAGUCGAAAAGGUCUUGGUCUGAAAUCCCAUUCUUGUGAGGCGGACGACGACAUAAAAACAAAAUGUCAGAAGUUGUUUAAAGAUUUUCUACAGACCAAUAUGCAAAACGAUAUUGUGUUCUUAGAUUUUACGAACGAGGAAAGAUCGGUGAUCCAUCAAAUUGCACGAAGAAUGGGCCUUAAAUCACGCAGCUACGGUGCCACGGAUCAACGGAAAUUGAUAGUCUCGCGUAAAAUCGACGUACAAACUUUGAUUAGAGAAUUGAAGAGCCUCGGUGGGGUCACUGAGAAGUACGAACUGGUAGAACCAACGGAUAAAAAAUUUUCGUCCACUUCGACGGAUAGUUGAGCGUGAACAUGAUAUCUUCUGUGACAACAUUGAUGUAUAUAUAGCAACACACUUGGAUAAAUAAAUAAUUUUCUCAGAA